GCCCGCGGAGCAGGAAGCGGCUGCCGCCGGCAGCGGGGCCGGCGCCGGGCGCCCUGCAGGUAGGCGCGGCACGGCACGGGUGCGGGGAGGGGGGCUCCCAUCGCACCCAGCACUAAACCAGCAUGUGCUGGGUAAAAAUUGUACAGCUGCACCAUUAAUUGUUUUUUUCUUGUUUUUUUUUUUUUUUUUUUUUUUUUUUGUGAUGAAAACGUCCUCACCUUUGAUUUCAGCAUUGUGUAUCCCCGAUACUAGUUAGGGAGGGGAAGCUUUGAACGCCUUCUUCUGAAUGGCAGGUCCGUGCCUUUGUGCCUGGGGUGACCAUGCGGAGAACGCAGCGGCAGCGCUUCGGGAGCAGGCGGCAGGAGCCCGAGGAGCCCGAGGACCUGGAGGUGUGGAGCUCCACGCUGCGAUGGUUCCCGGAGCCUGUACAGCCUGCCACGGCUACAGGAGGGCUGCGGGGCUGAGUGGUCAGAGGAAAAGCUGAACAGAUGCCUGCAAGGAGCCAAGGAUUCCUGAUUGCUGAACCUGACGUAAAUGCCCAGAUGGACCAAGGAGAAGAACAAGAUCAUGAGGUGCUGGAAGAGAUGCAUAUGGGUGGUGAGGUAGGUCACCUUCGGGACCACUUCACAAGCGCAGAUCAGCAGGACAUGUUGGCGGUGGUGGCCAGAGGAGGAGAGCAACAGUUGGGUGAUGGCCACGGAAGUCAGCACGUCUCCUCAGAGGCACAGCGAGGUGACUAUAGGGCGGCAGAGGAGGCUAAGUUGCCUUGCUCUGCCAUCAGCCUGGUGAAAAGACAGGAGGGAGGGGUGGCAGCAGCCUCACGGCGGGCCCAUCGCGCAGAGCGGCCCACCAUCUGCUCCGAGUGUGGCAAGGGCUUCAGCCGCAGCAUCCACCUCAUCCAGCACCAGCGAAUGCACACCGGGGAGCGCCCGUUCCUGUGUGGAGAGUGCGGCAAGGGCUUCAGCCAGAGCUCCCAUCUCAUCCAGCACCGGCGGGUCCACACGGGCCAGAAGCCUUACACCUGCACGGAGUGUGGAAAGAGCUUCAGCCAGAGCUCCAACCUCCUGAAGCACCAGCGCAUCCACACCGGGCUCAAACCCUACGUUUGCAGCGAGUGCGGGAAGAUCUUCAGCGACAGCUCCACCUGCAUCAAGCACCAGCGCAUGCACACAGGUGAGCGGCCCUACAAGUGCCCAGCCUGCGGGAAAUGCUUCAGCCAACAAUCCCACCUCCUCCAGCACCAGCGAGCCCAUGACGGCAUCCGGCCUUACUCCUGCGGGCAGUGUGGCAAACGUUUUGGGCAGAGCUCUGACCUCAUUAAUCACGCUCGGACCCACACAGGUGAGAAGCCUUACAAAUGCAGCCAGUGUGGCCGGGGCUUCAGCGGCAACUCCAACCUCAUCAAGCAUACCCGCAUCCACACGGGCGAGCAGCCGUACCGCUGCACCCAGUGCGGGGAAUGCUUUCGUUUCCAGCCCCAACUGGUGCGCCACCAGAAACACCACACGGAGUAGUUGGCCCUGGGGACCACGGGCAGCAGCUACCUGGUGCUGCGAAGACACCUGGACACCUCAUGUGGGGCAUGAAUUUGGGGGGAGGGAGCCCUCAGAGCCUGUCCCCUUUUCUUCUGGGUAGGCCUGUUUGUGAGCACUGCCCAGGUGCACAAGAAAAGAGGGAAGCCACUGCCAAAUGAACUAGUGCACGUUCACUGCAGUGAGGUGGCUGUUCCCAGCCCCUCCUUCAGGGACGAGGAAAAAAAAAAAGGUGCUUACGGUAUGGUACGUUCAAGGCCAAGAGGGGAGAACAUAGAACCGUUCCAAGGAUCAGUGCCUUCUGCUUUUUUUUCUAUGGGGUGUGAUUUUUGCCCUGGUAAAAACCAGCUGAAAUCUGUUUUCUCUACAAGCUGCCUGGAUUUUGCCCUAGGGGUAAGGCCACAGCCUUACACGAUCGCUCCCCUUAGAAUCCACAUCUCCCACUUGGCAGUUUUCAUGGUUUUAGGUGGUGUUAGCAGCUAUUUAUUUUAAACCCCCACAAUAUGUUGUAGGCCCAGCCAAUACUCUGUGGAGGCCCUGUCUAUGGGAUUGUGUUUUUGCUGGGUUGUAUGGUUAAACUGACAGUCCCACAAAUCGUGCUGCUGUUUGACAGCUUAAUCCUCAGCAGCAAUUAAGUAAAUUAACAUCCUAAUCGGUAUUUCUCCCAGGUUCUUGUUUAGGCGCUUUUGUGGGUGGCACUUUAUGAAUGUUUUUAUAAGGCUUUUAAAAGUAUUUAGGAUGACUUUUUAAAUUGUGAUCUUCUAAUUGUCAGUUGAUGAAAAGGAAGAGAAUGAUGUUAAUGAUGUUUGAAAAAUAAGCUAUGUCAAACUUUGACUUUAUAUUAAAUGUUAAACAUUUUUUCUUGCAUAAAACUUUUUAACUCAAACACUGGUUUUGAGUUGUUAAUGAUU